AUGCUUAAAUCAAUUAUUAGAGUCUCAUAUUAGAUAAGAAUAAAUUAAUGUAACGCUUUUAUAAUAAUUAAGAAUUAUAAUAAUUACUUAUAGAUUCAUCACCAAUUAAAGCAUUAUUUUGAAAUAAAUAAGAUUAGACUCAAAAAUAUUUAUGAUAAUUAAAAUAAUAAGUAGAAUAUUUAAACGACCAAAAUGAAUAUCUUAGAUUUGUUAAUUCAAUUAUAAAAGCAAACUAAAAAUUAUAACGAUCUCAUAUGA